GAAUCCAAGCCAAUGAAGCUGUGCACGGCCAGCCCCUCGCUCAACUCCCCCAAGAUCCUGGACCCCAUCCGCUACAAAACGGUGCUCUGCAAAAACUUCGCGCUCUCCGGCACGUGUCCAUACCGGGAGAAGUGCCAGUUUGCGCACGGCGAGGAGGAGAAGAGGGACAAGCCUCGUAAACGCCGAGGAGGCAAAGGGCGCAAACGGGCUGGCGCCCGGUCGGGAAGCCCGUCCAACUUCAGCGAGCUGAGCUCACCGCCGUCUUCUCCACGCUCGCUGCCUCUGAGCGCGCCGUCAUCGCCUCGCGCGGCAUGCGUGGUUUGUGAGGCCCGGCCGCCUCUGUCGCCGCUGGCGCCGCUGCUGCCACCAGGGCUCGGACACGCGUUCGAGGCGCUGGUCCUGAACCCUUCGCCUAUGGGCCCGUCGGCAGUGUCACCUGGUCCGUGCCCGGCUGUGAGCUCGUCGAUGGCGGCCUGCGGAUCUCCCUCCUACAUCCUGCAGAGGCCGGCGCCGCUGGAGCUGCCGCGUGCCCUGCCGCUGCCUCCGGCCACAAGGCCACAUGUGGCAUCGCAUCAGCUGGCCGCCGCGCCGAUGCCGGCGCCGCCGGCAAUCAUGGCGGAGGAGCGCUUCCUCGCUGCGGAGCACCGCGAGCCGAGCUACAACACGGUGCGCAGGUCCAUCUCCCUGCUCUGGGGCAGCGACGACCGCCUCGACAGCAUGGCGGAGAUGCGGUCGGAGCUAGUCGAGCGCGCGGCGGACAAGGCGUCGCCGUUCCUGGCGCCGUUGCCAAAGACGCUCGGCGAGGCGCUCGCGAAUUCGCCUCAGAAAUGGAGCGUGCCCGCACGCUGAGUUCAUGGGGGUUGCGGGCCAUGUCUUGUUGUCCGAGAUAGAUUGUCCGAGAUCAUCGGAGAUUGUCCGAGAUCGUCCCGUCUCUUAUUGCGCCACACAUGUGUCAUCAGCAUGUAUACGUCAGCGGUCUCUCGCCGCCCCAUAUGUUCUGUCGGGGGAGCGCUCUGAGGCUAUCUGUGGUCGGGUGUCGCGCUUCAAUCAUAGAGUAUAGAGAGAGCUCCCUGGCCUUGUCGCGCCGGUCGGACGCGCAUGUGUCUCUGACUGUGUUUAUCGGUAAUCGUUUUGAGUGGUCGUAUCAGGUUUCUGCCCGU